UCUUCGGCAGCAGGAGGAGUGAGGGGAGCUUGAUUCAGCUGUUGUGGCCGAAGAUGGCGGCGUGUAGACGUGUUCAGCUGCUGCUGCUCCUCAUGUCUCUCUGCCUUCUCACCGUACAGGCUCUUAAACCUCUUCCAGGGUUCGGGAAUGUCCAUCCUCCGCCUGCCGCCAUGCACCAGCAGUUCAGAGCCGCGCUACCGAAUAUCGGGAAUAACGCCGCCGCUGCUGCUGCUGCCGCCGCCGCCGCCGCCGCCGCGUCUUCCGGUUCUCAGUCUAGAAGAUCCACCGGCUGGAAGCUGGCAGAAGAGCAGGCCUGCCGGGACGACGUGACCCGGCUGUGUCCAAAACACACCUGGACAAAUAACCUGUCUUUACUGGAAUGCCUGCAGGACAAGAAGGAGGACACAGAGAUUGCUUCAGACUGCAACCAUCUGUUGUGGAACUACAAGUUGAAUUUGACCACAGAUCCCAAGUUUGAGUCCGUGGCGCUGGAAGUGUGUACGAGCACCAUGUUAGAGCUGAAAGAAUGUGCAGAUGAGGAGCGGGGGAAAGGCUUUCUGAUGUCCUGCCUGGUGGACCACCGCGCCAACGUCACAGAACGCCAGUGUCAUCAGUAUAUCACAAAAAUGACCAGCAUCAUCUUCAGCGACUACCGGCUCAUAUGCGGCUUUAUGGAUAAAUGCAGAGAAGACAUCAACACCCUGCAGUGUGGAAGCAUCACAGUUGGAGAAAAAGACCUACAUUCUCAAGGUGAGGUGAUUGCGUGUCUGGAGAGGGCUCUGGUCAGAGAGGCAGAGCAGCAGGAUAAGGCUCACCAAAUCAAAGACGAGUGCAAAAAGGCCAUCAUGAGAGUGGCCGAACUGUCAGCAGACGAUUUCCACCUCGACCGCUACCUCUAUUUCUCCUGCCGAGACGACCGGGAGCGAUUUUGUGAAAACACUCAGGUGGGAGAGGGCAGAGUGUACAAAUGCCUGUUCAACCAUAAAUUUGAGGAAGCAAUGUCAGAAAAGUGCAGAAACGCCCUGACCACUCGGCAAAAGCUCAUUGCUCAAGAUUACAAAGUGAGUUACUCCCUCGCAAAGGCCUGUAAGGCUGACCUACGCAAAUACCGGUGUAACCCGGACACCAGCAUGCCCCGCGCCCGAGAGGCCAGACUCUCCUACCUCCUCCUCUGUCUGGAGUCUGCUGUUCACAGAGGCCGUACGGUGACCGGAGACUGUCAGGGUGAGAUGCUGGACUACAGACGCAUGCUAAUGGAGGAUUUCUCUCUGAGCCCUGAGAUUGUGUUGCAUUGUCGAGGAGAGAUCGAGGCGCACUGCUCAGGACUGCAUCGCAAGGGACGAACCCUCCACUGCCUCAUGAGAGUCGCCCGCGGGGACAAGGGCGCGGUGGACAACCUCUGUCAGACAGCACUCCAGACCCUCAUCCAGUCGGCAGACCCCGGCGCUGAUUACCGGAUUGAUCGUGCUUUGAACGAAGCUUGUGAGUCUGUGAUCCAGACGGCCUGCAAACACAUCCGCAGUGGAGACCCUAUGAUUCUAUCUUGUUUAAUGGAGCACCUUUACACAGAGAAGAUGGUUCAGGAUUGUGAGCACCGUCUUCUAGAGCUGCAGUACUUCAUUUCAAGAGACUGGAAGCUUGAUCCUAUCUUAUACCGUAAAUGUCAGAACGACGCGUCCAGACUAUGCUACACACCAGGCUGGAAUGAAAGCAGUGAGCUCAUGCCUCCUGGCGCUGUGUUUUCAUGCCUGUACCGCCACGCUUACCGGACAGAAGAACAGGGCAGACGGCUCACCAGAGACUGUAAGGUGGAAGUCCAGAGAAUUCUUCACCAGAGAGCUUUGGAUGUAAAGUUGGACCCUGAGCUCCAGAAACGCUGCAUGACUGACCUAGGCAAAUGGUGCAGUGAGAAGACAGACAACGGACAGGAGCUGGAGUGUCUUCAGGACCAUCUUGAGGACUUGGUGUCAAACUGCAGAGAUGUGGUGGGCAACCUGACAGAACUGGAAUCUGAGGACAUUCAGAUUGAAGCCUUGCUGAUCCGAGCCUGUGAACCGGUCAUCCAGAGCCACUGCCACGACGUAGCUGAUAAUCAGAUAGACACAGGAAAUCUUCUGGAAUGCCUUGUGCAGAACAAACAUCAGAGGGAAAUGAAUGAUAAAUGUGCUGUGGGCGUCACUCAUUUCCAGCUGGUUCAGAUGAAGGACUUCCGCUUCUCCUACAAGUUUAAAAUGGCUUGUAAAGAAGACGUACUCAAACUCUGUCCCAACAUUAAGAAAAAGGCGGAUGUGGUCAUCUGUUUAAGCACCACAGUGAGGAACGACACUCUACAGGAUGUGAAAGAUCAACGCGUGUCUCUCAAAUGUCGGAAGCAGCUGAGGGUGGAAGAGCUGGAGAUGUCAGAAGACAUUCGGCUGGAACCUGAGCUGCAUGAUGCUUGUAAGAAGGAUAUCAACAAGUUCUGUUCCUCUGUUGCCUAUGGAAAUGCUCAGAUCAUUGAGUGUCUCAAAGAGAACAAGAAGCAGUUGUCCCAGGUGUGUCAUCAGAAGAUCUUUAAGCUUCAGGAAACCGAAAUGAUGGAUCCGGAGCUGGACUAUCAGCUCAUGAGAGUGUGCAAGCAGAUGAUCAAGCGAUUUUGCACCGAGUCGGAUGCUAAGAACGUGCUCCAGUGCCUAAAACUGAAUAAGAACAGCGAGCUAAUGGAUCCCAAGUGUAAGCAGAUGAUCACCAAGAGACAAAUCACUCAGAACACAGACUACAGGUUGAACCCAGUGUUGAGGAAGGCUUGUAAAGCAGACAUACCUAAGUUCUGUCAAAGCAUACUCAAUAAAGCCAGUGACGCCAACGAACUGGAGGGUCAAGUCAUAUCCUGCCUCAAACUCAAGUAUGCAGACCAGCGGUUGUCGGGAGAUUGUGAGGAUCAGAUCAGAGUGAUUCUUCAGGAGUCAGCGCUCGACUACCGGCUCGAUCCGCAGCUCCAGGUUCACUGCAGGAAUGAGAUUACACGGCUGUGUGCAGAGGAAGCAGCUGCACAGGAACAGACGGGUCAAGUGGAGGAGUGUCUGAAGAACAACCUACUGAAAAUUAAACAGGAGGAAUGCAAGACGGAGGUGUUAAACAUGCUCAAAGAAAGCAAAGCAGACAUAUUUGUGGAUCCUGUCUUGCAUACGGCCUGUGCUCUGGAUUUGAAACACCACUGUGCAGCCAUCAACCCUGGAAGAGGCAGACAAAUGUCCUGUUUGAUGGAAGCUCUGCAGGACAAGCAGGUGCGUCUACAGCCUGAAUGUAAGAGAAGAUUACAGGACCGCAUAGACAUGUGGAGCUAUGCAGCAAAGGUGGCACCAGCUGAAGGUUUCUCGGACCUCGCUGUGCAAGUCAUGACGUCACCUUCCAAGAACUACAUCCUGUUCAUGAUUGCGCUGGCCGUGUCCAUCCUCUUCCUCGUGGGUCUGCUGUGUGGCCGCAUCACCAAACGUGUGACCAGAGAGCUGAAAGACAGGUAGAGCGAGGAUGUCACCCAUCCGCCAUUUCACACCUCAUUUCCUGCCCUCGCUGUUCUCUGUACUUACACCUGCGAAGACUUUGGGAGCCGUCAGUGGACCUUUUGUGGGCCGGUGCCAUGUUUGGAAACCUCUCUAGCCCACCCUGCCACUGAAAUCUCAGUCCAAACAUACAACCUUUGAAACGCUUCUCAGACAGGAUCAAGAUCGUUUCGGGACGUUAUGCCUUGAGGAUAUGUUUUUUGUUUUUGUUUUGAGAGUGACAGCCUUACUUUUUGACUGUAAUAUGGUCAUGUGUCAAUGCAGUAUUUUUAUCAUUGUGUCUUUUUCCAUUUUUUGAGAACGACUUUAAUCAGCAGCUUACAUAAAAAUUCAGAAGCCAUCUUUAUAUGUUUUUAAUCUGUAAAUCAAAAGGUGGAAUUUACUUUAAAUCAGAUUUAUUCUGAAUGUUUUGGCACUGGGGAGGGAAGAUGGUUUUUCUAGUCCAUUAUGAUGAAACGUCUGUGUUUAUCAUUCAGGACAAAGACAGUUAUGAUACAUUAGACAUCAAGUGCUAAACUUGCAAAGAUUGUGACAUAAUAAUAGACAGUUUGAUUUUCAAGGGCGAAGCCAAACUGAAUAGUAAAUACUUCUUUGAGUUAAUCUCAUAUAUAUAUACACACUGCCAUUCAAACGUUUAGGAUCAGUAAGAUUUUUAACGUGUUUUUUUUUUUUUUUUUUAAGUCUCUUAGGGUCAUCAGAGCUCUAUUUACUUGAUCAAAAAUACAUUAAAAAAACAGUAAUAUUAUGAAAUAGUUUUGCAAUUUAAAAUAACAGGUUUCUAUUUUAAUAUACUUUGAAAUAUAAUUUAUUUCUGUGACGCAAUGCUGAAUUUUCAUCAGCAAUUACGCCAGUCUUCAGUGUCCAUGAUCCUUCUGAAAUAAUUCUAAUAUGCUAAUUUAUUAUCAACGUUGGAAAUAUUUGUGCUGCUUUUAGUUAUUUAUUUAUUUAUUUUAUGGAACCUGUGAUACGUUUUUCAGGAUUAUUUGAUGAAUUAAAAGUGAAAAUGAACAGCAUUUAUAUAAGGCUUAGCUAUCACUCUUUAGCAAUUAAACACAUCCUUGGUUAAUAAAAGUUAGAUUUUUUUUUUUUUUUUUCAAAAAAAAAAAAAUAAUAAAAAUUUACUGACCACAAACUUUUAAAUGGUAAAAUAUUUCUAUUUUAAAUAAAUGCUGUUCUUAUACAUUUUUUAUUCAUCAAAGAAUCCUGAAAACAGUAUAAAAAAAAUUGUUUUCAACAUGGAUAAUAAAUCAGCAUAUUAGAAAGAUUUCUGAAGGAUCAUGUGACACUGAAGACUGGAGUAAUGAUGCUAAAAAUUCAGCUUUGCAUCACAGAAAUAAAUUACAUUUCAAAGUAUAUUAAUAUAGAAAACCACUAUUUUUAAAUUGCAAUAAUAUUUCACAAUAUUACUAUUUUUUUCUGCAUUUUUAAUCAUAUAAGCGCAGCCUUGAUGAGCAGAAAAGUCCUUAAAAACAUUAAAAAUCGUACUGAUCCCGAACUUUUGAACAGCUGUGUGUAUUCAUGACAAUUUCCUCUAGAAUUCCCACUAAAUCUGCACAUUUCACUUUUGAGUUAUUUUAAAAUUCCCAUUAUUUGCAAUAGAUUUACUUAUUGCUGUAAUACAGCAUUUUCACUACUUUAUGUUUUUGGAUUUAUUUAAACCAACAAGGCAGUGCAACAAAUACAACAAAAGAAAAUAAUGCCACGACGUCAUAUAAUACUUUUUUAUAUUUUGGUCUGAAAUAUGACAAACAUGUUCUUGGACUGGUUUGUGAGAUUCCCCUACUGAUAUGAGUCUGGUCUGCACAUUUAUAAUGGAUUAUACGAAGAGUACGAAAUUCAAAUAGACCUGUACCUCUGCCAGAAAGUUUCAUCUUGCUCAAAAUUCUGUGAUUGUGGACCAAUGUUGUAAUGGUGGACGGUACAGUAUACCCUGUAAAAUGUAUUUUUUCCAGAGGUACUUUGAAUGUUCAGAGGACGAUUGCACUUUUUUGAUUCUUUAUGUUCGGCUUAAGCCUUAUUUAUUGUUUACAACAAACGUGCUGAUCUUGGUUUCAUAUAUGCGUGCCUCUGUCUGUGCGUGCGCGUGCGUGUAUAGAGAGAAAUAUGUUUUAGAAAUGAUUUCAUAGCUAUGUUCUAAUGUUGCCUUUUCUCUUUCUCUGCCAUAGCAGUGAAAGGAAACAUUCAUUAGUCCCCAUGGACGGUGGCUCUGUAUUUUUUCAAAGCUGUACCCACAGACAUCUCUAGUGUGAACAGGAAUAACAUAUUUGUCUUGUCUAUUUGUUACUGAGUUACUCUGACUACAACUGUGAUGAUUAUAUGCAUAGCAUUUGCUGAAGACAUAAGGUUUUUCUAAAAGGCCAUGCAUGCUUUUCCACAGAAUUCUGUAUAAUCUCAUAUAUGCAUUGCUUUGGAAAAAAUGAAAAAGGGUGAUUCUCAUGAAAUCCUGUUCAGGCCACAUUUUACCCCAAAACCAAAAGGGGGAAAAAAUGUUAAUCAUUUUUUAAACACAGUAAUUUUACAGUUAAACCGGUUUUCAUAAAAAUAAUGAAAUAGUGCAAAAAAAAAUAUGUUUAGUUUAUGUAUACACUGCUGCUCAAAAGUUUGGGAUCAGUAAGAUUUUAUAUGUUUUUUUUUUUUUGUGCUCAACAAGGCUGUGUUCAUUUGAUCAAAAAUACAGAAAAAGGAAUAUUGUGAAAUAUUAUUAUGAUGUAAAACAAUGUUUUUCUGUAUUAAUAUACAUUAAAAUGUAAUUUAUAUCUGUAAUUACAGUUGAAUUUUCAGCAUCAUUACUCCAGUCUUUAGUGUCACAUGAUCCUUUAGAAAUCAUUCUAAUAUGCUGAUUUAUAAUCAGUGCUGGAAACAGUUGUGCUGCUUAAUUUUUAUUUAUUUAUUUGUUUAUUUAUUUUUUGGAACGUGAUACUUUUUUCAAGAUUCUUUGAUUAAUAAAAGGUUAAAAAGAACAGCAUUUAUUUAAAACAGUAAGGUUUUCUAACAAUAUACACCAUUGUUCAAAAGUUUGGGGUCUGUUUAUUCUUUCUUUUUUUUUUUUUUAAGAAAUUGAAAGAAAUGUGUUAAAUUAAUAAAAAGUGAUAGCAUAGAUUAACAUUGUUAUUCAUCAAAGAAUCCUGAAAAAAAGAAUCACAGGUUCCAAAAAAAUAUUUUGGAGCAACAUUGAUAAUUCUAAUAAUAAAUCAGCAUAUUAGGAUGAUUUCUGAAGGAUCAUGUGACACUUAAGACUGGAGUUACGGCUGAUGAAAAUUGAGCUUUGCAUCACAGGAAUAAAUUAUAUUUUAAAGUAUAUUAAAAACAAAAACCAUUAUUUUAUAUUGUAAUAACAUUUUGCAAUAUUACUAUGUUUUUUCUGUAUUUUUAAUCAAAUGCAGCCUUGAUGAGCAUGAGAGACUUAUUUAAAAACAUUACAAGUCUUACUGACCCCAACUUUUGAGUUGUAGUAUAUAUAUAAAUUUCACCCAAAUUAAAAAAAAACAAAAACAUUUUGCACUAUUAUUUCGAUGCGUUUUGUGGGAUUCACCCUUUAAUUUUCUAUUUUCUUGACAGGAGCUGUACCACUAUAGAAAAGUUUUCUGUAGAUUCAGUUUCAGUUUUUUAAUAUUAUGUCUCUCAAAGAGUGUGCAAAGCUCUACGAAACCUAUUUGUCAAGGCAUAGUUCACCCAGAAAUGAAAAAUCUGUUAUCAUUAUUCACCUUUGUGGUGUUCCAAACCUGUAUGCAUUUAUUUCUUCAGCUAAAUGCAGUAUACUGAAGACACUUCAAGUUUUUGGCCAUACAAUGUCCAAAAAUGGUUUAGUUGCCAACAUCUUUGUUCUUCUUUCACAGAAAGCCAUACAGGUUUGCCGCAAAACGAGUGAGUAUAUGACAGGAUUUCAGUUUUGGAGUGCACUGUCCCUUUAAUAGAUUGAAAAAGAUCUCAGACUCCACAAUUUGGGAACAGAUUUGUACAUUUAAAUAUUUCGCUUCAGAGCUCGGGAGGCCACAGGCGCACUGCUUACCUCUAGCAUUGAUGACUUCAAUGUUGUUCUGUAAAUAAUAGCUCUAAUGCGCAAAUCACAGACAGCGUCCGAGAUUUCUGGUUGGUUGAAAUUUGGACUGUAAAAUUCUACUGAUCAUAUGAUCACGUUUGACUAUAUAUUGUAGAUAAGUAAAUGUUAGAAGUUACGUUAUUCCAGCUAUAUUUCUCCUAAUGUUUUUGGUUUUUUUUCAGAUCAUGAUGGUGUGUUUUGGUUUGACUGGUUCUGUUCAUUCUUUUUUGUUAGGUUGUUUCUUUACUAUUUUACAUAUAACUGGUUUAUAGUGGGUUUUUAUCACAUUGGAGCUGAGUCAUGGAUCACUUUUUGAUUUUAAAACUCAAAGUGAGCUUGUGUUCUGUUCGAUCUGGAUUCUGUACUAUAUGGAAAUCAAGUGAUCCUUAAACCAUUUUGGAGGAGGUGCAUGGAAUAUCAAAUCUUUCCUACUCUAUGCUUGCUUUCUCUUUUUUUGUGGAAUUGUGCAUUAUUCACAUUGCCAGAGAUUUUCUGAGAAAAUUAAGCAUUUAGGUGAAAGACUGUUUCUUUGUGUCUUUGUGUUGAGGAGCCCCAUUUUGAAGCAUCUUUUGCAAAACCUGCGACAUUGCUGGUUGUGAUUUCCCAACAGUCAUAGUGCAGAGCCAAAGAUGAUCCUGAUUCCUGCGUUGUUAAAAAUGGCCUUUCUGUGCUCCUCUGGAAGACCCAUCCAGCUGUAAGCAGCUCCAGCGUCUGCUGACAGCAGUUUAUCAUGUUUCACAUUAACUGCAAAUGGACUAAACGUCGUAAAAGGUUAUGGCUGUGAUAUUUUCUCAGUUUCUUCAUCUUGCCAUACAACAUUAAUGUGACAAAUCAGAUUUUUUGUUGAUUUCCCUAAUUCUGUACAGAUUAUCAGUUUAAUAAAACGCUGUAGAUUUUCUUAC